AUUCUCCCUCCUCUUCUCUCUCUCUCUCUCUCUCUCUCUCUGUUUCAAUGGCGGGUCGAGGAAAGGUCGCAGCAGAUAGGAAGAAGCAGGUCACGAGAAGUUUGAAAGCAGGGCUUCAAUUUCCCGUGGGUCGUAUCGCGAGAUUUAUGAAGGCCGGGAAAUACGCUGAAAGGGUUGGAGGCGGCGCUCCUGUAUAUCUUGCUGCCGUUCUCGAGUAUCUCGCGGCUGAGGUCCUGGAGUUGGCUGGCAACGCCGCGAGAGACAACAAGAAGACGAGGAUUGUUCCAAGGCACAUCCAGCUGGCGGUACGGAACGACGAGGAGCUGGGCCGUCUGUUGGGGAUGGUCACGAUUGCGAACGGUGGGGUCCUACCAAGCAUCCACAACAUGCUCUUGCCCAAGAAAGCUGGGUCUGGGAAAGCUGUCCCUGUAGAGGAGUCCUAAAAUGGCCAUUCUCUUCUUGAUCUCGUGACUUGAUAGGAUUUUUCUCUUUCUUUCAUUUUUGUUUUGAUUUGACGGCUAUGAUUAGGUUACUACGUGGUUGGUGUAAUCAUCUUGUGAAAAUGCAAAUGAAAGUUUGAAUUUA